AUGUCUCCUUUUAUCGAUCAAAUGAAGCGCCUGGUUCUGGCGAUUCUGUUCUUGGGCAUAAGUGCGCUGGCCUGGGGGCAGGACUUUGUGCCCAUACCACCCAGUAUCGCGACGUUUAAUGUGCCUCCUCUGCCCCAGGCAACCGCAGAUCGACUGUCCAGGUACGCCAAUACCCGGGGUGCAUCUGUGGCUGGCUGGCAGGGCGAUCAACUGCUGAUUUACACGCGGUUUGCCAAUGCCACGCAGUUGCAUCGUGUGGCCAGGCCGCUGGCGUAUCGUGAGCAGCUGACGUUUUUGAAAGAACCUCUGGGUGCGGUGUAUCUGCCGCGUGGCGGGGCUACAGAUACGGUCAUGCUGAGCUGGGACGAAGGCGGUUCAGAAUUUGAUCAACUGUUCCUCUAUGACAUGAAAAGUGGCUCUGCCAGGCGUGUCAGUGAUGGCCGUUCGCUUUACACCGGUGUUAUCUGGGCGCCAGACAACCAGAGUUUUGUGUAUGUCAGCACCAAGCGUGAUGGGCGUAACUGGGACAUCUAUCACCAGGACCUGAACGGCAACGACAAUGCAUUGAUGCAACCUGAAAGUGGCUAUUGGUCUGUUAGAGACUGGUCAGCGGACGGUAAGCGGCUGCUGGUCAAAGAUCGAUUAUCCGUGAACGAAUCAAAGUUUUACGAGCUGGAUAUUGCGACAAAGAAGCUCACCCCUGUUCUUGGUCAGGAUGGCGGUGUGUCUAUAGAACACGCCCUCUACGAUGGUCGUGGUGGCGUGUAUUUCACUUCAGAUCAGGGCAGUGAAUUCCUGCGCCUGAAAUACCUGGACCUGGCGACCGGAAAUAUUGAAGUUGUGAGUCGCGACAUUAACUGGGACGUGGAAGGAUUUGAUUUGUCGCCGGAUUACAGCAAACUGAUGUUUGUCGUCAACGAGGCAGGGCUGUCUACUCUCAAAGUCUGGUCUCUGCCCACCCGUAAAGCCAUUGCUUUACCACAGCUGCCGGCCGGCAUUGUUGCUGCAGCCAGUUUUUCCCCGGACAGCAGCAGGAUUGCAUUGACCCUUAACAAUGCCACAACGCCAUCAGACGUUUUUGUGGUAGAUACAUCUCAACAAGACCUCACACGCUGGACCCACAGUGAACUGGGCGGUUUGGUCGCGAACAGGUUUGUUGAGCCCGAGCUGAUCAGCUUUCCCAGUUUUGAUGGUCUCGAAGUGCCUGCUUUUAUUUACCGACCAAACACGCCAGGCCCACAUCCUGUUGUCAUUUCAAUACAUGGUGGGCCCGAGGCGCAAUACAGGCCCUAUUUUUCGACCACCGUGCAGUCAUAUGUUAACGAGAUGAACGUGGCGUUGAUUGCGCCAAACGUGCGGGGUUCAAAAGGAUACGGUAAAAGUUAUCUGAAAAUGGACAACGGUAAGCUGCGCGAGAAUUCUGUCAAAGACAUUGGCGCGCUGCUGGAUUGGAUAGAUAAACAGCCAGACCUGAAUAACCAGCGCGUUGGGGUGGUUGGCGGAUCGUAUGGGGGCUAUAUGGUGUUGGCUUCCAUGGUCAAAUACGGCAAGCGACUGACGGCUGCAGUGGAUUCGGUUGGUAUAUCUAAUUUUGUCACGUUCCUGGAAAACACUCAGGCCUAUCGCCAGGAUAUCCGCCGUGCUGAGUAUGGUGAUGAGCGCGAUCCGGAUAUGCGCGCGUUUCUGCAGAGUAUCUCGCCGCUCAAUCACGUUGAUAAAAUGGUCACACCGAUCAUGAUAUCUCAGGGCGCUAACGACCCGCGUGUGCCGGCAUCAGAAAGCGAACAGAUGCGCCUUGCUCUGGAGGCCCAGGGAACACCGGUCUGGUAUGUAUUAGGUAAAAAUGAAGGACGUGAUGUGCGACGCCUUGCGGCGCGCGCCACAAAUAUGACCCAUGAAGCCAAACGCGAUAUUGUUGCGCGGGUCGCUGCUGGCGCUGAUGCUGUUGGUGUGACGGACAUUUACAUCACCAAAGAGCCUUUUCAGAUAUCUUCCAUGGCGCUUGCCAACAUGGGGCUCAAGGCCAACGUGCAUAUGGUUGAACAUCCACUGGCUAAUGAUGCAAUAGACACAGAACGCUCCAUGGCCAUGUUUCGUGAAGCCGGCUGCAACACAUUUGUAUCGUUAGGAGGAGAUGGCACCAACCGGGCCAUUGUUCGCGGCGCCCCGGACAUCGAUCUGGUGCCGCUGUCUACCGGUACAAAUAAUGUUUUCCCGGUGCUGGCGGAACCUACCGUCGCUGGCAUUGUUGCUGGUUUGAAUGCCUGCGGAAAGCUGGUGGAUGCAGAGGCGAAUGGUUUGAAACAGCGCGUUAAGGUACUGCAUGUUAAAACGCCUCACGCUGAAGACGUGGGUCUGAUUGAUGCGGUUCUGUUGCGUCGGGACCAUGUCGGUAACCUGUUGCCAUUCGACGCUCAGCGUCUUGGGCGCAUGCUGCUGACGCGCGCAGAGCCUGCGUCCAUUGGUAUGUCACCAAUAGGCGGUUAUCUCCAUCCGGUUUACGCUGAAGACGACUAUGGCCUCGCGGUGACCAUGGACCCGGAUGGGCAGCCGGUACUGGCACCCUUGUCGCCGGGAUUAUUCCGGGAGGUAGGGGUGACUGCUGUAGAACGGGUAGCUUUUGGCGAAGAAAUCACCAUGACCGGGCCAGGCGUUAUUGCCCUGGAUGGCGACCGCGACCACAAACUUGUUGAGGGUGAAAGCGCUACUGUGUGUAUCCGUCGAGAUGGUCCCUGGGUAAUCGAUAUAGAGCGCACCAUGCGCUGGGCGGUAUCACAAGGUAUCAUGAUAGCUUACGUAAAGGGCCAGGGCGCCGUUUCUGAUGGCGAGCUGAAAAACGUUUUGGUCUUGGGUUGUUCCGGCGGCUAUGGUCUGGCCAGUCGCAUUGUUGCUGCUUACGGCUGCGGCGCAAAUACUCUGGGCGUGUCUUAUGAGCGGCUCCCGACUGAUAAACGCACGGCAACCGCGGGCUGGUAUAACAACAUCGCCUUUGAUGAAGCUGCCAGUGCAGACGGGCUCUACGCCAAGACACUGGAUGGCGAUGCAUUUUCAGAUGAAAUGCGUGCCACCGUGAUCGACACGAUCAAAGCAGAUAUGGGAAAAAUAGAUCUGGUUGUUUACAGCCUGGCAUCACCGGUACGCCAACAUCCCAGGACCGGUGUAUUGCAUCGCUCCACCAUCAAGCCGCUGGGUGAAGCCCUCGACAUCAAGUCGGUGCAUGUCGAUAGUGGGGAAGUGGUUCAGGUGAAUCUGGAGCCUGCAACGCCUGAGGAAACAGAAAAUACCGUUGCCGUCAUGGGCGGCGAAGACUGGGAAUUCUGGAUGGAUGCGCUGCUCGAAGCAGACCUGUUGGCCGAUGGCGCGAAAACGGUAGCGUUCACCUAUAUAGGGACUGAGCUGACCUGGCCCAUUUACUGGGAAGGUACCCUUGGUCAGGCAAAAAUCGAUCUGGACCGCGCCAGCCGCGCCAUCGCAAAAAAGCUGGCCAGUAUUAAUGGUGAUGCCCGGGUUGCUGUCCUCAAGGCCAUUGUCAGCCAGGCCAGCUCGGCUAUACCGGUGGUGCCGUUAUACGUUGCGUUGCUGUUCAAGGUGAUGAAAGAACAGGGUAUCCAUGAAGACAUCAUCAGCCAUAUACACCGCAUGUUUGCGACCCAGUUAAAAGGUGGCGAGCCGCUGCGCCUGGAUGAUGAAGGCCGUAUCCGCAUGGAUAACAUAGAGCUGUCGGAAGGGGUGCAGAGCGAAGUCUUGAAGCGAUGGCCUGAGGUCACCACCGAAAAUCUUCCCGUUCUUGGUGACCUGGAAGGUUAUCAGGAAGACUUUCUGAAAAUAUUUGGCUUCGGUUUUGAGGGUGUGGAUUACGAUGCUGAUGUCGAUCCUACCCUGGGGCAGGUGCAAAAAAUAUAUUUAACACCCGAUCUGCAGCGCGCUGUGGCGCUCUGUCGUUAUGCGAUAUACACCGUUUUUGGUGGCUUGAUCGUUAUGCAGAGCUAUCGCGCGGGUAAUCUUGCCAUCAACUGGCUUGCCCUUUGCCUUGUUCAGGCAGUCAUUGUCCAGUGGCUGCUGCAACACACGAUUCACCGCGUCACGAUGCAGGCGCUGUACCUGAUGGAAUGGUUGUGGGUUCUUAUGCUUGCGCUUGCGGCAGGCCUGCCCGCAGUGGCGGUGGCAUCGUUCCUUUUGGUGGUGCUGGUCUGCCAUACCACGCUGUGGGGCGGGCGCUGGUGUUUGUUUGUCCUGGGUUGCGGGGUGAUGAGUGCCUGGUUGUUCAAGAAUCUGGUCGGCUUCAACUUCGUCAACGAUACCUGGGUAGCUGCUAUUGCCCUAGUGAGCGGCAUUAUUUUUAUGCUGGUGAUCUGCAGCAUUGCCCACCACCAGGUUCGCCAGCAGCUGAAUUACGGUUUAAUGCUGAAACAGCAAAAAAAUCUGUUGCUUCGCUAUUUACCCAAAGAAUUGCCUGCCCACCUGAAUACAAAAACCUCGUUGCCGUUUCAACGGCAGUGGGUCAGUGUCCUGUUUGUCGACGUUGUUGGUUUUACGCACAGUGUUCAGGCGCUGCCCCUGGAAGAUCUUUCCGAUCUGCUGAACCAGUUUUUUGAUGUUGUGCAUGAAACCGCUGAACAGUGGGGUGGCUCGGUGACCAAAUUCUUAGGGGAUGGUGCUCUUUGUGUUUUUCCCUGCCUGCCUGAGCAGUGUCGAGCCAACGUUGCUCGACAGGCCCUGCGCUGUGCGCAGUUGCUGCCGGACAAAUUUUCUCAGGCCGGGCCAGUUGAGUCAUACAGCACAAUCAAGGUGAAAUUGAGUCUUGGCCUGGCCUCAGGUCACUGUUACGUAGGCCAAUGGGGCGGUGCCAGGCGUGAUUUCACCGUUAUUGGUGCACCCGUGAACCUGGCGAAUCGCCUGCAGCGCAGCGCUGCGGGCCAUGGCGGCCUGUUGCUGGACACAACAACCGCCGGGCUCACCCAUGAGCGCGGACUGCAGACAUCGCCGGUAAAGCUCAAUUUGUCUGGCUUCGGCCGCUGCGAGGUGAUUUCUGCUGGCCGUUAUAUGCCGGAGUAUCAUCAGGUGAAAGGGGAUACGCCCAGUCUCGACUUUUUCAAAAAUCCUGAGAAAGCCGCUCAAGCCACGUUGGAUGCACAGCGUAUCCUGGGUGUUGAUGCAGCCAUCAUGUUUGCUGAUCUGCUGCCCAUCAUGGAACCUAUGGGCUUGCGCCUGGAUUACGUACCUGGAGCGGGUCCUGUUUUCGAUAAUCCGAUACGCAGUGAAAUAGAUGUGCAGUCUUUAAUUAACGCUCCCGCAGAAGAGGCAACACCUUACAUAGCGCAAACGGUAAAAAAUAUCCUGCAGGACCUGCCUGCCGAUAUCGCGCUGAUUGGUUUUGCCGGUGCGCCCUUCACCCUGGCUUCUUACGCCAUUGAAGGCAAAGGUUCACGCAACUAUGUGUUUGUGAAAAAAAUGAUGUAUGAACAGCCAUUGCUGUGGCAUCAGCUGCUCGACAAGCUGGUGCAGCAACUGGUCAGCUAUCUGCAUCUGCAGAUUGAAGCAGGUGUAGAAGCCGUGCAGAUCUUUGAUACCUGGGUUGGCAGCCUGUCGGUUUCAGACUUCCGGGUAUAUGUUCUUCCCCAUUUACAGAAGAUGCUGGCGCAGCUGAAAGGUCGGGUGCCGGUGAUUUACUUUGGCACGGGUAACCACCAUCUGUUACCUGAAAUAGCACCAUUAGGAUUUGAUGUGCUGGCUUUCGACUGGCGCACACCGCUGGCGCCAACCUGGGAUGCACUGGGCAUUCCAGCGGUACAGGGUAAUCUCGACCCGAUCGUGCUGUGUGCCGACCGGGCUACGGUGGCCAAACAAAGCGAGCAGUUAUUAAAAAGCGUCGCAAACCGCCCCGGCCAUAUCUUUAAUCUGGGCCACGGCAUCAUUCCCGAAACGCCGGUAGACAAUGUGAAGUUCCUGGUUGAUUUUGUGCACGAACAAACCGCGCGCUGA